CUCGGCAACUCGCGUGCUCGUUUUCCUUGGAACCAAUGUUCUUCUGUGCCCUAUCUGGUGAGCCUCCGCAGGAACCUGUUGUCUCUGCCAAGUCUGGGCAUGUGUACGAGAAGAGGUUGGUUAUCAAGUAUAUUAAUGAGAAUGGGACGGACCCUAUCAGUGGAGACAAACUGACAGAGGAUGAGCUCAUUCCUGUUAGAGCCAGUCCAAAUACCGCGCCUCCAAGACCUCCAUCGCAUAAUUCCAUACCCUCCCUCUUGCAUGCUCUUCAAAACGAAUGGGACGCCUUGGUUCUCGAGCAAUUCUCGCUAAGGCAACAAUACAACAGCAUCCGCCAAGAACUUGCCCACGCUUUGUAUCAGUUCGAUGCGGCUACGCGUGUGACUGCACGUUUGAUGAAAGAAAGGGAUGCGGCUAGAGAAGCGCUUGCGAGUGUGCAAGCGACAAUGGGCGUUGCACCAUCCUCGCAGGGGGCUGAUGCCGAGAUGCAAGAGCCCGAACCAUCGGAGCCUGCUGGCGUGCUUCCUGACGAUGUGAAAGCUGAAGUUGAAGAAACACGACAGACGUUGAGCUCAAUUAGGAAGAAAAAGACGAAGCCUGGCCCUUCGUAUUCAACUAUACGCCAAAUUUCUUCUUUUACCUCCAAACACACCAUCACAUCGCUUCACUCCCCAUCACCAGCUGGAGUUACCGCGCUGGCUUUGUCAAAACAAAACCCUUCUCAGUUUAUCUCUGGUGGGAACGACAAAAUUGUUCAAGUUUACGAUAAGGAGAGCAAUAAAGUGCUUGCGACCUUGAAGGGACACACCAAGAAAGUGAAUCAUGUUGCAUGGCGCGAGAAAGAGGGCUCUCCCAGUCUUGUCAUCAGUGGCAGUGCGGACAAGACUGUACGCAUUUGGAGCCAUGAUGCUGCAUCCGGGGAUUACGCACCCGCACAUACUGUGAAAGUCCACAAGGGAGAGAUUUCUGGGCUUUGGGUUCACCCUACAUCCACUAUAUUGGGUAUUUCGUCCCUGGACAAGACAUUUUCUCUCCAAUCACUCUCCAUCUUUAAGCCAAUCUUCCAAUCUGCUCCCCAACCUGAUCCAUAUACCGCUUUCUCAACACAUCCGGAUGGUGUUCUACUCGGACUUGGUACUGCCAGAUCAACAGUUCACAUUUAUGAUGUUCGCACUGGGAGCGUUGUCCUUGAUAUGCACUCCGGGGAGCUGUCCGCCAGUGCUCACUCUGUGAACACGAUGGCAUUCUCAGAGAACGGGUACCACCUUGCUUUCCCCGAGACGCCAUCCAGCGUCUCUGUGUGGGACCUGCGGAAGACGAAAGUUGUCACUAGCACCAACUUCGAGAAAGAGGAUGCAGGUGUACCGUACAAGAUCAACAAGGUUCAGUAUGACCUUGGUGCGCAGUACUUGGGUGUGGCGGGGUCUGACGUCCGUGUCAUUGCUAACAAAACGUGGGCUCAACUUGUCCAAUUUGAUGGGGGAGCAGAUGUUGCAGAUUUCGCGUGGGGCGCUAACGCCCGAGAAAUAUGGGCAGCUUCGGGACGGGAAGUUCGAAUUUGGGGUCUCAGCGAUUGAUUCCGGUGACGUCGCGGUUCCAACGGUUGUUCUCUGGACUUAUUUGUUGUGUGCGUAAAUUGAUUAAUAUUAACUUGUAUCUUCAAGUACUUCCAUCCGUAAGGGGCCAGCGGGCUUCAUGGUCUGCUCCGCUGCCACAACAACAACAGUCUAGUUCCGUCAUCCCUGCAUCAUUACAAAACUAGGAAAAGCAGUUAAUCUCAGGUGCUCUGUGGGUCGAUAGCGAACGCUAUGAAUAAUCAACUGCGAUACUUUGUCCAAGAGAUUCGUUAGUGUACACUUUUAUUCGGACUCGUCCUUUCGUAUGAGUCGGUGCAUUUUGGGUCCCAAACUUUGCCUCUAGGACCUUCAACGAGUUUCAGCUAUUGGCUGUUGACCCCGCGUUGCAAUCAGAGCCACUUCAGCCUGAGGCGGAGGGAUCAGAGCAUUGGUCAUUGGCUGUAUAUAUGUUAUGAACCAGACUAUAC